GGGACAGGCCGACAUGCAGCCAGGGCCCUAGGGCCUGAACAGGGGCUGCCAGGCCCCGUGACAAGAGGACCCCGAGCCCCCGGCCCGGGGAGGGGGCCAUGGUGCUGCCUGCCCGACAUGUCAGCCGAGGUGCGGCUGAGGCGGCUCCAGCAGCUGGUUCUGGACCCCGGCUUCCUGGGGCUGGAGCCCCUGCUCGACCUUCUCCUGGGCGUCCACCAGGAGCUGGGUGCCUCCGACCUGGCCCAGGACAAGUAUGUGGCCGACUUCUUGCAGUGGGCCCCCAAUUCAGUGUUUCCCAAAGUGUGGUCCAAGAGCCACCUGCCUCUGAACCUAGAGGGACUGUGGAGCCCAUCGCGGCGAGGCUUAAGGAGGUCCGACUGCAGAGGGAUGACUUCGAGAUUCUGAAGGUGAUCGGACGCGGGGCGUUCAGCGAGGUAGCGGUAGUGAAGAUGAAGCAGACGGGCCAGGUGUACGCCAUGAAGAUCAUGAAUAAGUGGGAUAUGCUGAAGAGAGGCGAGGUGUCGUGCUUCCGCGAAGAGAGGGAUGUGCUGGUGAACGGGGACCGGCGCUGGAUCACGCAGCUGCACUUCGCCUUCCAGGAUGAGAACUACCUGUACCUGGUCAUGGAGUACUACGUGGGCGGGGACCUGCUGACGCUGCUGAGCAAGUUUGGGGAGCGGAUCCCAGCCGAGAUGGCGCGCUUCUACCUGGCCGAAAUCGUCAUGGCCAUAGACUCGGUGCACCGACUGGGCUACGUGCACAGGGACAUCAAACCCGACAACAUCCUGCUGGACCGCUGCGGCCACAUCCGCUUGGCCGAUUUUGGUUCCUGCCUCAAGUUGCGGGCUGACGGAACGGUGCGGUCGCUGGUAGCUGUGGGCACCCCUGACUACUUGUCCCCCGAGAUCUUGCAGGCCGUGGGUGGCGGGCCGGGGACGGGCAGCUACGGACCCGAGUGUGACUGGUGGGCCCUGGGCGUGUUCGCCUAUGAAAUGUUCUACGGGCAGACGCCCUUCUACGCCGACUCCACGGCCGAGACUUACGGCAAGAUCGUGCACUACAAGGAGCACCUUUCUCUACCGCUGGCUGACUCAGGAGUCCCUGAGGAGGCUCGGGACCUCAUCCAGCGACUGCUGUGUCCCCCGGAGACACGGCUGGGCCGGGAUGGAGCCGGCGAUUUCCAGAAGCAUCCUUUCUUCUUUGGCCUUGAUUGGGAUGGUCUCCGAGACAGCGUGCCUCCCUUUACUCCGGAUUUUGAGGGUGCCACCGACACGUGCAACUUCGAUGUGGUGGAAGACGGGCUCACUGCCAUGGUGAGCGGGGGCGGGGAGACACUGUCAGACAUGCGGGAAGGUGUGCCGCUGGGGGUCCACCUGCCUUUUGUUGGCUACUCCUACUCCUGCAUGGCCCUCAGGGACGCUGAAGUCCAGCACCCCACGCCCAUGGAACUGGAGGCCGAGCUGUUGCCUGAGCCCCCUGUGCAAGCGCCCAGCCCAGAGCCCACGGUACCCCCACCAGAGGAAACGGCUGAAGUGGCAGUUCCAGCGGCAAUCCCAGCGGCUGUGGCAGAGGCUGAGGUGACCUUGCAGGAGCUCCAGGAGGCCCUGGAGGAAGAGAUGCUUACCCGAGAGAGCCUGAGCAGGGAGCUGGAGGCCAUCCGAACGGCCAACCAGAACUUCGCCAGUCAACUCCGCGAGGCUGAUGCCAGGAACAGAGACCUAGAGGCGCACAUCCAGCAGCUGCAAGAGCGGAUGGAGGGGCUGCAGGCGGAGGGAGCGACAGCUGUCACGGGGGUCCCCAGUCCCCGGGCCACGGAUCCACCUUCCCAUCUAGAUGGCCCCCCGGCCGUGGCUCUGGGCCAGUGCCCGCUGGUGGGGCCAGGCCCCAUGCACCGCCGCCACCUGCUGCUCCCUGCCAGGGUCCUUAGGCCUGGCCUAUCGGAGGCGCAUUCCCUGUUCCUGUUCGCCGCUGCUCUGGCUGGUACCGCCGCCCUGGGCUGCACUGGGUUGGUGGCCUACGCAGGCCAUCUCGCCCGGGUCUGGCGCCCCCCAGGAGCCGUCUUCGCCCCCUGAACUUUAGAGCCCCAGCCUGUCCUCCACUCGGGCCCUGCUGCAGGGUUGGGUGACCGGGCUCGGCCCAGAAGCCACUUCCACAGCCUCCCCAUUCACACCACUCCAAGUGUGGUCUCCACCCCAGCUCCAGCCUUGUGAUCUGGCCCGCCCUCUGGCGGCCGGGGAGGGAGGAGCCGGGUCCGAGGCCGGAGCGCGGGGCUAAAAGGAGGCUUGUAACCCGGAGUGGUGCUGCUGCUGUUGGGUGGAAUCGCGGACCACUUCUUCCGGCCUGGCUGAGGCCACGACGUAGAUGGGCAACCUGCGAUCUAGAGAAGGCAGGAGGGCCAGAGCUCAGCCAUCCGUUUUUCAUCCUCUAUGCACCCCACCCACAUCGGCCCGAAAACCACAACUCCUCCUUGUGCAUGAGGCCUUGCUCUCCCGGGAACGUUCUCUGCGAGAGGAGAACGUCUAGCGCGAGCCCCGCUGCUCUCUCGGGAACCGUUCCCUUUUGCUAGCCCCGCUUUUUCGGGGCCUCCCGCGCCCUUCUCACGUGCGCUGCUCUCGGAGCCACAGCUGGCUCCUCCCGCCUCGGCGGUUUGGGUAUUUAUUGACCUGUCCUCCGACCCGCUGAAGGCUCCAGGACCCCAGCACCCGAAUGCACGUUUUGGAUGCACUGAAACCCCGACCUUCCUCGGUAUUUAUUGUCUCUCCCCACCUACGUACCCCACCCCCGAUCCUCGCGAAUAAAAGGCCCUCUUGUCUGCCCAAAGCUCUGAACUCCUCGGUGUCUGAUGUUUGCGUUGCGGGACAGAGGUUGCCCAGGGGGCCAAUCAGAAGGCGAGUGGAGGCGGCCAAUGGCCUUGCGGGGACUAAUCAAAGCGGACGUAUCAGGGGUGUGGGUGGGGAUUCGAGGCCGACCAAUAGGAGAAGGCAAACGGACAACCCCCGCCCUCGAGACACCGCCUGUUGUCCAGCUGUGGCCCAGCUGUGCCACAGGCUGGCUGGGAAGAAGGGGGCUGGACCAGCAACGCGCGCGCGUCCAGCCUCCCACUACUGCGCCUGCGCAGGCCACGCGCAUCCGUUCCAGGGACUUAAGUUCCAGAAAAGUUACAGCAAACUUUCUAGCCUGUUUCGCCCGCCCCUUCUCCUUGUCGGACCCGCCCCCCUGUGGAGCCGGGAAUUCUGAGGGGCGGAGCGCAGGCCGAGAUGGGGAGUGUGGGGGCCUUCAGAGGACCCUGGAGACGGAGGCAUACUGAAGCUCAGUCUCGGAGUGGAGGUGGCUUUGCGCCCUUAGCUCUCCCGGGCGGCCCGUUAGCUUCUCCGUUGUCCCGAUGGGAAACUGAGGCCCUGAGCCAGAAGCACAUGCGGGGGGAGGCAAAAAGAGCGGCCUGAGGCGGAGGGAAAACAAAGGGAGAAUCACGGACAGACGAAGAGGGGAACGGGCACACACAGACACUGGGAGAGAGACCCUAUUGGGGCGCUGGGCCUGGCAUAGGGGGGGAUUCGCAGGGUCGACUGGGGGAGAAGAUC